AAUUUUCAAAUUUUGCAUUAAAAUAUAUUAGUUAUUAUUUUAUCAAAAAAUCAACCAUUAAAGCUCUAGGGUUUCUUGAGAUAGGGCUUUCUCUUAUUUACUUUUGUUUAUAUCCUUUGAUUCGUUGCCGGAAAGACAAGAGAAUUGACGACAGGGUUUUCGAGAUUCGAGGAACAGUGGCAGAUUGGGUUUAACCUGGUGAAUAUGGGAUUUUUAAAGAUGCGGAUUUUUAAAACAUGGUAAACAAUAUGGUCGAAGAACUUCGGGAUUUGGGUAUAUGCAUAGUGAUAGGUUUGCGGGAGGUACUAUUUGGGCCAUGUGAGCCUCUUGGUGAAUCCGAAGGAGCUGGUAGCUCAGGACAAAAUUGAUACUUAGAUAACUGCUUCAGAAUAUCCAAGUGCACCAACAAGGAAAUGUAUCAGUUUGACUCUGAUAAACAUGACACUUUUGGUGUCCCUAUACAAGUGCUUUCCCUUUCAAACAUGUCGCAUUCUAAAAGAAAGGGUUUGAUACAUUGUUUGAGGCGUGAACUGGAGCAGAUACAGAUGCUUCAGAAGAAAGUUGAGUUGCUAAGGACAAAUGGGGUUACUGUGUCAUCUUCCAGUGAUAUUCUUAGUUGUAGCAAUGUGCAAAGUUUACCUCGUGUUAAGGAUAUUCAGAAAUUGCCCAUGAUGGCUUCUGAGAAGGGGAAGAAAGGAAAUCCUCGGAAUGGUAAGGCACGUGAGUUGAUUCGGGGUUCUUCAGGAAAAUUUAAGUCUGCAAAGCAUGGUUCUGAAGCAAAUACUGCAAAUAUUUUCUUGAUGAAGCAAUGCGAGGGUUUGCUGAAACGGUUGAUGGGGCAUCAAUAUGGGUGGGUCUUCAAUGAACCUGUAGAUGUAGUGAAGUUGAAUAUUCCGGAUUACUUCAAUGUUAUAAAGCACCCGAUGGAUCUAGGAACAAUUAAAAAAAAGAUUGAUUCAGGCGGGUAUGCAAGCCCCUUGCAGUUUUAUGCUGAUAUGAGGCUUACAUUCAGCAAUGCAAUGACCUAUAACCCCCCUGGAAACGAUGUCCAUGUUAUGGCUGAUACCCUUAACAAAUUUUUUGAAGUGAGGUGGAAAAAUAUCGAGAAGAAGCUGCCUGCUAUUGGUGCCCAGUUGAGUCAAAGCAAAGCUCCUGCUGAGGGCAUAGAAACUUCUAAAACAGUACUUCCUGCUAAAAAGAGGAAGACGACCUCUGUCACCCAACAAGUUAUACUGGAGCCUGUGAAGAGAAUGACAGAUGAGGAAAAACACAAGCUAGGUGUAGAGCUGGAGUCUUUACUCACUGAAAUGCCGAUGCAUAUCAUUGAUUUCUUGAGGGAGCACAGUUCAAAUGGAAGGGAGUCUGAAGAGGAAGAAAUUGAGAUUGAUAUUGACGACCUCAGUGAUGAUACCUUGUUCACAUUGCGGAAACUUUUAGAUGAGUAUUUACAAGAGAAAAAUAAUAACAAAUCAACAGCUGAACCUUGUAAAAUUCAGCAAUUGAACAAAUCUGGACCGAGUAGUUCACCAAUGCAACAAUGCAGAGGGGAUGACCAGGCUAAUGAGGUUGUUGACAUUAGGGGAAAUGAGCCUCCUUUGUCAAGCUAUCCACCUAAGGAGAUAGAGAAUGAUAUCGGCAAUAGAAGCAUUAAGUCUUUCAAUUCUGGAAGCUCUAGAGAUUCUGACUCUGGCAGUUCCUCUGACAGUGAAUCUGGUGCUGCUAAAGCUUCAAGUCCGGUGGGUGCACCUAAGGUAUUGGAAGCUGUAGAUUCCGGAAAUCAAUUAGAUGAAAAGACAAGUGCUGAUAAUCCUCUUGAUAGGAAUAAAUGCAAUGGGUUCGAUCAGCUUGAGCAGACUUCUCAAGCAAAGUCAAGUUCUGUCGAGUCAGAUUGUCACCAAGAUGGGGACAGUGCUCCAAAUGAGAGACCAGUUUCACCUGAGAAACGCUACAGGGCUGCUAUAUUGAAGAAUCGAUUUGCUGAUACCAUUCUAAAAGCUCGAGAGAAAGCACUUACUACGCAGGGGGAGAAGGGGGACCCUGAGAAAUUGCGUCGUGAGAGAGAGGAACUUGAAUAUCAAAGGAAGAAAGAAAAGGCACGGUUGCAAGCAGAAGCCAAAGCUGCUGAAGAUGCUCAAAGACAAGCUGAAGCAGAAGCUGCAGCAGAGGCUAGACGGAAGAGAGAGCUUGAGAGGGAUGCAGCACGACAGGCAUUGCUAAAGAUGGAAAAGACUGUUGAAAUCAAUGAGAAUUCCAGGUUUCUUGAGGACUUAGAAAUGCUUAGAGCUGCCCCUGCUGAGCAUUUGCCAAGCUCGGUAGAUGAAACAAGCCCAGAUCAUUCACAGGAUGGCUUUGGUAGUUUCAAGUUUGGGAGCAACAACCCGUUGGAACAACUCGGUUUGUACAUGAAAGAGGAUGAAGAGGAAGAAGAAGGUGAACCAUCUAACGUUCCAAAUCCCUUAAAUGAUCCGGAAGAGGGAGAAAUAGAUUGAACUCCACUCUAUUUGAAACUAGGUGAGGGAAAAAGAAGAAAAUAGAGAAAAUGUACAGUAAGUGAACAAUCACCAUUACUGACCAUUGCCAAACAUGAAAACACACUUGAAACUACCCAUCGACUGUUGUGAAUCAAA